GCUCUACACAGAUACACAGACAUUCAACAUGCAAACCAUACUCGCAGUUUUCGUAGGAUGCGUCGCAAUGGCCAUGGCCAGCGAAUAUGCCACCAAGGCAUAUGAGCCCAAAUACCCAACACAUGGUUACCAGAGAAAUGAUGCUACAAAGCCCCAAGCUACAACAGCCAUGACAGCUACAAAGCCCCAAGCUACAACAGCCAUGACAGCUACAAAGCCCCAAGCUACGACACAUACGAGACCAAGAGCUACAGCCACUGCAACAGCUACGGAUAUGGAUCCUACAUGUACAACACAUGCAGGAAAUGUGCCACCACUUACAGCAAGUACUUCACAUGCCCCAAGAGCUACUACCCA